AUGGCGUCAAUUGCGACUGAAGAUGAACGUACACAGGUGUUGAAUGCGUAUAAAGCAAAGGUUAUGGAACAUCGUGAGAUGGAAAGCAGAGUGAAAAACAUGCGAGAAAAUGCAAGAACGCUUGUCAAGGAGUUUAACAAGACAGAGGAUGAUCUGAAGGCUUUACAGAGUGUGGGACAAAUUAUUGGUGAAGUAUUGCGUCAAUUGGAUGAAGAUCGAUUUAUUGUCAAGGCAUCAAGUGGUCCGCGUUAUGUAGUUGGAUGUCGUGCGAAGGUGGAAAAGAGUAAACUCAAGUCAGGUACGCGAGUGGCACUGGACAUGACUACGCUCACUAUCAUGCGCUACCUACCACGUGAGGUCGAUCCUACAGUGUAUCAUAUGCUGAACGAGGAUGCUGGCAAUGUAUCGUUUUCAAGUAUUGGUGGCCUGAAUGAUCAGAUUCGAGAACUUCGCGAGGUCAUUGAGCUACCAUUGACGAAUCCAGAGCUCUUUUUGCGUGUCGGCAUCAAGCCACCGAAGGGCGUGCUACUCUAUGGACCACCUGGUACGGGGAAGACAUUGUUGGCACGUGCACUAGCGUGCAACAUUAAUGCCACCUUCUUGAAAGUUGUGGCGAGUGCUAUCGUGGACAAGUACAUUGGUGAAAGUGCUCGAGUGAUUCGUGAGAUGUUUGGAUACGCUCGUGAUCACCAACCGUGUGUCAUCUUCAUGGAUGAGAUUGAUGCCAUUGGUGGAAGCCGCUAUUCAGAAGGAACGUCGGCUGAUCGUGAAAUCCAGCGUACGCUGAUGGAAUUGCUGAACCAGCUUGAUGGCUUUGACGCUUUGGGACAGGUAAAGAUGGUCAUGGCUACGAACCGACCAGAUAUUUUGGACCCUGCUCUACUGCGUCCUGGUCGUCUUGAUCGUAAGAUUGAAAUUCCACUCCCAAACGAGGCUUCACGCAUGGAUAUUCUCAAAAUUCACUCGGGCCCCAUCACAAAGAAGGGCGAAAUUGACUACGAGUCGAUUGUCAAGCUCACAGAUGGCUUCAACGGUGCCGAUAUGCGUAACGUGUGUACCGAAGCAGGUAUGUUUGCUAUCCGUGCUGACCGCGAGUACGUUGUGGAAGAAGAUUUCAUGAAGGCAGCGCGAAAACUGGGCGAGACCAAGAAGCUUGAAUCCAAGAUGGAUUAUAGCAAGGUUGAUGUUGCGAAAAACUUCAUGCAGAGAAUGAAGACGGCCUAG